CCUUCGGGAACUGCACGGCGGAACCUUUCUAAGAGAACUUCUUGGGUUUUGGAUAAACUACAAUUCUUUGAAGAGCAUGUUGCCAUCCGAGCAACAGCGUCUAACAUGGAUGAUACAAACUCUUUGGUGGCACGUGAUAACAGUGAUAAUGAGAAUGGUUCCAUGCUUCAACAUGCCAUAGAUUCUGAUGAAGAUUUAAACACGCUAGAUCUUACUGACAAUAACCAACAGGUUAUCAAGUCAACCAAACUACCAACAAAGCCAAGGGGAAAGUCAUUGAAGAGAAAUUUGGAGGAAGAAGAAUUAAGUGUUAUGAGAAGCCUGACUUCUGCAAUUGUUAAUGAUAGCAAAAAAGCACAAGAGGAUAAAGAGCCAGGGGAAUGUGAAUCAUUUGGAAAAUUUUUAGUGGAGUCACUGAAAAAAAUGGAUCAACAAUCUAGACAUUAUGCUCAGUAUCAAAUCAGUAAUGUGUUAUUUCAAGCACAAAUAGGCAUGUUAAAUCCAGUUCAAAACAAUUCAAAUACACCACAGCAAGAUAGAUGCACUUCGCAGUAUUCUGCACCACAUUAUAUCCACUUUGGAAACAAUCAUGGAGUUUGAUAAAGGAGUCUGAGUUGUUACAUUUUAUUGGAACUGUAACUUUUCAUAUAGCUAUUUUAGCUGAGCCUGGUUGACUUUCUUUUGUUUUGAUUAGCUUCUAUACUUACUGUAAGAAAUUUUUGUUUCAUUGAUUUGUACAAUGCCUGGCAUGUUUCAAGUACAAUAUUAGAUAUCGUUCGUUCUCCCAUACGAUACUGGAAAGAGAGACUUCUGAACGAUUCUCCUUCAAAAAAAUAAAUGAUGAAUAAACUUUCUGUUUUUUAAUUCA